AUGUCCGCCAGUUAUUGGCAGUCAACGCAAUGUCGCUUCUGGACCUUCACCAAGGAACAGCUCGCGACAAUGCGACAGAAGCUUGAGGAAGACAAUGCAGAGCUCGUGCGCAUGUUUCCACUCCCGCAGCAACGCCAUUUAAACAUAUACUUUAACCAGCAGUUGAUAAGGUUGGCGAAACGACUGACGAUCCGACAACAAUCCAUGGCCACGGCGCAGGUCUACAUGAAACGAUUCUACUCGAAAGUUGAGAUACGCCGAACGAAUCCGUAUCUCGUGAUAGCGACAGCGAUAUACCUCGCGUGCAAGAUAGAAGAGUCGCCCCAGCACAUCCGGCUUAUCGUUACAGAGGCGCGACAGAUGUGGGGAGACCUUGUCGCCAUCGACACCUCCAAGCUGGGAGAGUGCGAGUUCUUUAUGAUAAGCGAAAUGCGGUCACAACUUAUCGUAUACCAACCAUACCGAACGGUCGUAGCCUUGCGAAGCGAACUUGGAUUGCAAGAGGACGAGGUGCAGCUUGCCCGGUCGGUGAUUAACGAUCACUUCAUGACAGACCUCCCGCUGCUAUACCCCCCUCAUGUUAUCGCAAUGGUAGCCAUGCUUCUGGCUUUGGUUCUCAGACCUAAUAAUUCUGGGCCAGGGCAGAACGCAUCAGGAGCAGCGGCGGCAGCAGGACUGGCAGCAGCUCAGCAGGCGCUGAUGCGCGCGCAAGGCCAGCAGACGUCAGGGGGAGGAGCUACAGAUGCUGCAACUGCGGAGCCUAAGGAGCGACAGCAGCAAGCACGAGUCUCUAGAGUGCAGAAGUUUGCCAAGUGGUUGGUUGACAGCAACGUGGAGAUUGCAUCGAUGGUGGAUGCCACGCAGGAGAUCAUCUCCUUUUACGAAUGUUACGAGCACUACAACGACAAGCUCACCCGAGAACAAAUCAACAGAUUUGUUAAGGCACGAGGGCUUGAUAAGUGA